AUGUGAAAAUCUUCAGGUCAGGUCAAAGUUAAUCAUAAUUAUUUGGAGUCUAAUAAUCUACGGAGAUCAGUUAAUCAAAAGACCCAAUCUAUAACUGGAAAAAAAAUAAAUGAAGAUAAUACAAGAAGUAUCUCAUAUAUACCAUGAACACGGUUUUAGAUCGACCUGAGACCUCCCUCCCUUCCCCUCCCUUCCCCUCCUUCCCCUCCAUCCCUUGACAGUUUCAGCUUUAUUGAAAUCUACAAAUUGAAUUUGAGUUGUCAAAUCCUUAGUGAGGGACUUUUCAUUUUAAAUUAACAAUUUAGUUCAAACUGAAACCGCCAGGGGUUGGGGGAGAGGAGUUUCAGGUCGAGCCAUACCUGUUCUGAAGGUAUAGCAAUAAAUUGUCAACUAAUGCAAACACAAGAGAUUCAAGAAAUGCUGACUCAGGUAGGCAUGAAAGUAGAAGUGGAAUCAGAGAGUUGCGAGCACAAAACAAAGUUUGCAGUAUUCAAAGACUAUUAAAGCACCCAACAAAAACCAAGCAUAAUGAGGAAAAUCAAAAAUUGCAAACGAAAAUAUUAAUCCACUUCAAGUCCACCCGAAACAUAGGAUCAAAAGAUACGAUAAUAAUUUCCAGCAUGAUGGCGCAUUUUAUUUUCGCUAAAAGCUGGAGGAGCUUAGCCUGCGAAUUUAGGAAGAAUUUGCAUUGUGAGAAAGGAUUCUGCGACGCAUGAGCCUUUCUAGUGCUGAAUCUAUGAAGCAUUGUAUUGAAAUAA